AUGGCGGAUGGAGACGAUAACGAUGCCAUGUUGAGCGAUGUGGAAGAAGAAGAUAACCCUCCGGUUCCGAUUGUAAUCGGAACUCCAUCGUCAACGGAGGAUGUGCCGAUUGAGAGAUUUCGAGAGCUGGUGGCGGAGCUUGAUCGUGAACGGCAAGCUCGUGAGGUAGUGGAGAAAUCAAAAUCUGAAUUGCAAGUGUCGUUUAACAGAUUGAAAGUUCUGGCACACGAAGCGAUCAAGAAGCGAGACGAGAGUUCGCGCCAGAGAGAUGAGUUUUUGAGAUCGAAUGAGAAGUUAUCGGCGGAGUUGGCUGAAAUUGUUAAGGAAAAAGAUGAGCUGUUGAAGCAGAAAGAUGGGUUCGUUAAGCAAUUAGAGGAAUCAGUGAAGGCCAAGGAUUCUUCUAGGUCGGAGAUUGAAACUGCUGCACAGAUGUUGGUGACCGGAAUUGAUAAAAUUUCUGCCAAAGUGAAUAACUUCAAGAACUUCUCGGCUGGAGGAUUGCCAAGAUCCCAAAAGUAUACUGGUUUGCCUGCUGUUGCCUAUGGAGUGAUCAAGAGAACUAAUGAGAUUGUUGAGGAGCUUGUUAGACUGAUUGAAACGACAGCCAAGUCUAGGAAUGAGGCAAGGGAGCAAAUGGAGCAGAGGAAUUAUGAAAUUGCGAUUGAAGUAUCAGAGCUUGAGGCCACAAUCAGUGGGUUAAGAGAGGAGGUGUCCAAGAGAAAUUCUGCUGUUGAAGGUUUAGAGAAAUCAAUGGAUGAGAAAGAUGGGAUGAUAGCACAAUUGGAAAGGGAGUUGGAUGAGAAGCAAGAUUUAGUGAGUGAGUAUGGUAAUAAGUUGAGGAUUUUGGAAUCACGGAUGGAUUCCCAAAGACCAUUACUGGUUAAUCAAUUGAGUCGUGUUUCAAAGAUACAUGACCAGAUUUGCGGUGUCAUUAAGAUAAUUGAUGGUAAUAAGAAAGAGCAAUCGGGUUUAUCAGAUUCCUUGUUUGUCCCACAAGAAACAGAUGCAGAGGAGAAUAUACGAGCUUCUUUAGCUGGAUUGGAGAUGAUCAGUGAAUUAAGCUCCAUGGUUUUGGAAAAAACAAAAGAUUUGGUAGCUGAGAAAAGUCGAGAAGUGAAAAGUCUAAAUGAAACAGUUACUCAGUUAGUAAGGGAGAAAGAGCAUAUUGGGUCUUUACUGAGGAGUGCUUUGUCAAGAAGAAUGUCAGCCGAUCUGUCUUCAAAAACCAAUGAGUUGUUUAAAGUGGCAGAAAAUGGAUUAAGAGAAUCUGGGAUAAAUUAUAGGUUUAGUAAUCACACUGUGGAAGGAAAAGUUACAUCUUCAAGUGAUAAGGCUGCUAAUGUAGAAUCAGAGGAUGAUGAAAUAUAUACUUUGGCUGGUGCUCUUGAGAACAUUAUAAAACAGUCUCAGCUCGAGAUUAUUGAACUGCAGCAUACUGUAGAUGAACUAAGGGCAGAGUCAAGUUUACUUAAGGAACAUGCUGAGGCUCAAGCUAGGGAGCUUUUGCAAAGGAAACAACAGGUAGAGGAACUUGAAGAAAAGGAGAGAGUGGCUAAUGAAAAUGUUGAAGGGCUUAUGAUGGACAUUGCUGCAGCCGAAGAGGAGAUCACAAGAUGGAAAGUGGCGGCACAGCAAGAAGCUGCAGCAGGCAAAGCUGUGGAGCAGGAGUAUAUAGCACAGUUAUCGACCAUACGCCAAGAACUGGAAGAAGCAAAGCAGGUUGUGAUAGAGUCAGAAAAAAAGCUAAAAUUCAAAGAGGAAACAGCAUCCGCCGCCAUGGCUGCUAGAGACGCGGCAGAGACAUCACUGAAAUUGGCAGACACGAGGGCUACUCGUUUGAGGGAACGCCUGGAAGAGUUGACUCGUCAACUUGAAGAACUCGAUACACGGAAAAGCUCAAGCAAUGGAAAGAGAUCUAGAUACAUGUGUUGGCCGUGGCAGUGGCUCGGUUUGGACGCUGUUGGACCCCACCAACCCGACACCGUUCAACGUACUUCAAAUGAAAUGGAGCUUUCUGAACCUCUUCUCUGAUAGCGUUCGUGUUUUCCAGUUUGUUUUCUUUCUUUUUUUCCCAUACACUUAAAAAAUGGUAGAACUUUAGCACAUUCUUUUUCUGAGUCUUUCUUAUAAACGGUUGUUCCGUGUUGUUGAUUUAUUGUACAGCAGAUAUGAAAAGUUGACGUGUGAAUUGUAUCAGGUUUUAGACAGUUUCUGUGAUCGGUCUGUUUGAGGCUCGAAAUUGGGAACCGCAAAUCUCGAAUGAAGUGUGUGAUUUUUGGUGUUC